GUUGACACAGACGCUGUGGGAGUGGAGCGGGCUGUCGGCUCAAUGUUACAAUAAAAUAACCGUAAAGCGUUCAAUAUCGACGUGUCUACUCGAACGUGAAGACGCGAAAGUGGACUGAGUAGUGAGAGGCUGUGUGAGAGCAGGGCACAGUUUACGGUGAGCUAGAUAUUCAGCGUUCUCAGCUCUUUAGCAAGUUAGCUUCAGCAGCAGCUUGACGUAACUCUCCGUGCGUGUCAGCGUCACUCCACAGGAGCGGACACCUUUGAGAAGAGCCUCUUUGUAAAAGGCGCAGAGAAAUACGCCAGAGGAAUACCUGAGCCCACAGACAGAGCAGACAUGAAUUUAAAUGACUUCGUGGUGCUUCCUAACAACAAGGCCAAAUCCGUCAAACUCAAUGCCAGGAACCUGCAAGAACUACAGAUGGAGACUGUAACUCUGGCCCUGGAGAGCAAAGACAUGGAAGAGAAACUGCAACAGCUGAAACAGAGCAUGAGUAAAGAGAAGGAGGAGAGAGGGCAUUCCGGAGGGUUUAGAUGGACGUCUGGACACUGUGGUUCUUUAAACAAUAAUGCUGUAACAAACAGUGCAAAGAAGGUCAAGGAGAACAGACUCCAGAAGCUGUCAGCAGGCAAGAUGAAGAUCCGAGUGCUGAAGAACGAACCUCUGACAGUCCAGCCUCAGCCGCCCCCUCUACCCCCUAACAUUGGUCUUCGGACAAUAAGAAAAAACAGGCUGACGGGAACAAUCUGUGGACAGUGUGAAGUCAAGACAGCUGGACUGAGUUGCGUUGAAUGCACAGAGCACUAUUGUGUCGGCUGCUUUGCCAGAUUUCACCAGAAGGGGGCACUGAAGCUCCACAGAAUGAUCCCCAUUCAGACAGAACUACAGACCCGUGUGAGCACUCGAGAUGUUGUCAAUUACAAUCCCAGCACCUUUACAAGUCCUGGCCCUUGUUCCAAACCCGGCACCAGUUGCACCCCCAUGUCCAAUGCAAGUACCAGACAAGAGGAACAGAGCCCAGAAAAAGAAAGAGAGGCUGUGACAAAACCGAUGCAACUGCACCUCAAUACCAGUCAGGUGUUGGUUGUGAAUCACACAGAAGAGAAAAACUUUGAAAUGGGGAUGAAAAGAGAGGAGGAGAGGGGAUUUCCCAGUUCUCUUCUUAGAGGCGAAUACAAUGAGGCGGAGUCUGCAAAAUCUUUCCAGGAGGCUCUAAGACAGUGGAGGGGACAGAUGAGUGAUGGAGCAGUAGAUGAGGAAGCGAUGUGGACAUUUGAUCUCCCAGUAUCAGUGUCAGCCACAGCAACCCAGGCUGACCUCUCUCAAGACGGAGAAGCUGAAGGGCGAGGAAGAGGAGGGGGACAAGGCAGGGUACCACUCAGGGUGGAGUUCACUGACAACAGUCUUACCUACAUGGACAGGUUGCUUCUCAAGAAGCACCGCAGGACACCGAUCGAAAUGUAUGAUCCUUUGUCAGCACUUGGUCAAAAACUUCAACCAAACACAAACACUGAGGAGGAGGGUAGCCUUUCAGCUCAGGAGAAGGAUUUUCGUCACUACUGUGCAUCAUUGUUUGCUGUCCCUGUCAGUGGGGGCGAGACUCAGGCUCAGCUCACUGCACCUGAACCGUGCCUCGUCAUAGAGGUCCUGGAUGAGACGGACGGAGACAUGAAUGGAGUCUCUGCUGAACAUUCUACUGAACAGAGGAGGAGCAACAACAUAGAGGAUCGCUUGUUUGAGCAAGUCCCCAACAAAGGAAGAGUGUUGAUGCCUCAAACAUCCGUGCCUAGCGGUGGGUCCUCAAGAGUCAGCCGCUCCUCUCUCAGUCCAACACGACCAUCCAGUCAGUCCAAAGCACCCGCACAACCUGAAGCAGCUCAGAAGCUCUAUCCAUCAGAGCCUCAGACUACCAAAGCAGAUCACUCAAAGAAAGCAUUACCCUCUAACAGUAUGCCAACAGCAUACUUCACUGCUGAGACCCCAAGGACAUCACAGACAUCAAUCAAAACACCAACCUCAAAGUCGCAAAAGCCCAAUUGUUCCACCACUGUCCACAAAUCAAAAGCUGAGCAUGGGUCACCCCCAUGUUUGUCCUCAUUACCACAUCCCCAGGCUAAGAUCCCUAAAUCCUCCUGCUCCCCUCUCUUAUUUCCACCUGAUGUCUUUCCUCUGGCUACCACCAGAUCACCACUCCCGAAACAGCAUCUCUCCCCUUCUCCGUCCACACCCUUCAUGCUGAGGUCUACAUUCACUUUCUCACCAUCAAGCUCCACUGAGUCAACUUUGUUGCCCAAAGUUUGCCAUUCAACCCCAUUACAUCAAAGCUCACACUCGUCUCUGCUGCCAGAACGACACCCAUCUUCCACUUUAUUCCCAGAAUCAAUCUCUUCUCCAAAGCUUUUUCAAUCACCACCAAACAAUCUGGAGUCCCUCGAGAAAUCCCAGCAUUCCUUGAGUGACCCAGAGUCUCUCUCUCUAGAUAAUCAUUUCCAGCUUCCUCAGUCUUCCAGGCCAAACCCACAACCAAAAUCCCUGGAACCAAGUCAGUUACAAGAACUCCCAGCACCACUAAGCACAACUGUAAAAGACCUGUUAAGUUUAUCUUUAUUUAAUGAGUCCGCACCAGAUGCAAAUUCUAGACAUACGUCAACUCCAACAUACGGGGAUCCAGUUUUUAUGUCUCCUUGCUUCUUCUCUGGGAACCAUGAAUCAACUCUGUCUCGACGAGAUACACAGUGUAUACCCACACUUUCAUCAGAAUCCUUAAAUGUCACCCAGAAUCAUCCCUUUGCUUUGAAACUGAAGGAGGAAGAGGAGCUAUCAGUGGACAGUGGAGAUGAAAUGUCCAGCGACAGUCUUGGUCUGACUCCACACAAGGACGGCUCCUCAGAUGAAGAAGCUCCGAUGCAUGGACGUUUAACAAGAGGGAGAUCCAGAGAAGAAGAGCAGGGGAAUUCUGCCACAUCUCAUCUCGGAGAAUCCUUUGUUCCUACAGAUGCAGACAUAGAAAAAGAUCUGCAGGCUGAGGAACCAGAACAUCUGUCACAGCCAUCCAUGGUGAUGCACAACUGGAGUGCUGGGUCCGGAUCAGAGCAGUCUUGUGAUCUUGAGAGGUUUUCUCCUCUCAGUGUGGAUUUGGGUUCUGGUUGCUCCAACACGCCAGAACACACAAGCUGUGACGCACUGCGAACAUGCCAAACUUCAUCACAUGACUCAGACCCAACAGGAUCAGAGUCAGAGUCCUGUGGACCGAGCAGUCGCCUCAGUACCAACUCUGAGAGACAGCUUGUUUUCAGAAAGAUGGAGGACAACAACACGCAGCCAACUGGAAUUCAAAUUUGCUCAACCACAACUACCAGGAGAGGAGAAAUAUCAGCAUAUGAACUAGGGACAUCUGCGUCAAACUGGUCCAACAAGUCCACUCCAACUCUUUCUCACCCUACAACGACGACCCCAAAUACUCCACCUGUGUUCCCCUCCUUCUCUCACUCUCCAGCUCCUCCUCGCUCUGCCUUCCGUUUUCGUCCCACGUCGGCCUCAGAGUUGGGUACAGUAGUUCGCCCGUUGUCCCAGGCAGCCCAGGAGAUAAUGGACAUCUGUAAACUGGACCAGACAGGUUGCGAGGACCCUGACCUGGACACAGACACAACUGCAAACAUGCUCCACAGCCUCGAGCAAGACCUCAAAGAAACAGAGACACAGGCUUCAUUACUUGCUGCAGUAAACAGUGGAAGACAAUCUCAGCAGGGGAAUCAGACACCGACACGGGACAGAGUCGGCGAGGAACAAAGGGAGGCGGAGGAGGCUGCACAGAGAGACCAGCAGAGCGUCCUCUUACUACCCUGAGAUAUUUACACACACACACACACACACACUUGUAUACAAAUAUAACAUGUGUUGUAAGAGAGGAAAGCAGGCGGAAUGAAUGUAAUUUAAAUUGGGUCAUCCUCGUGGUGU